UGAGGAGAGAGGGGGUGCAUGUGCAGAGCCGGAUCCCAAGCUUUCUCCAGGUUUUAGUGGAAGCGGCCCGGAGGGAGGGAAAGGAGACAAGGAUGUUCAGUUAGCAGGACUGGAGCAAUCUGCCUAGUAGUGAAAGAUCAGUGGAAGGCAACGCAAAAUUAGUGCAAUCGAGGAUUAUUUUGCAUGCGGCUCGUGGAUGAUGAGUGGUGCUAUUCCCCAAGCCUGCUUUUUGAUGCCAAACUCGAAGAUAGCGCAUUGUUUACAAUGACAGUGCCAUGCACUACCUGGUGAACAUCUACUGCCUACACAGAGGUCUCUCAGCCUCCUGAUUGCCCCCUCUCUGGCUCCAGAGGAUGCUGGGAAUGUGUCGUGGGCGCAGGAAGUUCCUGGCUGCAUCCGUCGCCUUGCUUUUUAUUCCAGGCCUCACCUGGCUAUAUCUGUCGAACGUCACAGUGAAGCCACUGCCUCUCUCCCCACUGGAGCCUCAAUCCUCCACACUGGCCCUGGAGCUUCGGGUUCGAGAGGUAGAGGAGGAAAACCGAGCGCUCAGAAGAGAGAUUAGCCAGCUGCCCAGGAGUCCUACCCACGGCAACCAGCAUUCCCAUCACCACAGCAGCGUACACCAUGGCAACCAGUCCCAGCUUCACUCCACUGAAGAGGGUACCGGUGAUAGUGAAGCUCAGAAAGCACUCUCUAAAGUCAACGGCUCCAGCUGUGUCCAGCAACCUGCUGUGGAUAAAUGUGAGACCAUUCAUGUUGCCAUCGUGUGCGCGGGGUACAACGCAAGCCGAGAUGUGGUGACGCUGGUCAAGUCUGUGCUUUUUCACCGUCGGAACCCUCUUCACUUCCACUUCAUCACAGACUCCAUCGCCAAGCAGAUCCUAGCGUCCCUCUUCCACACUUGGAUGGUGCCAGCUGUCCGAGUGGACUUUUACGAUGCAGACGAAUUGAAGUCUGAGGUGUCAUGGAUCCCCAACAAACAUUACUCAGGUAUCUACGGCCUGAUGAAGCUGGUUCUGACCAAGACGCUGCCAUCAGACCUGCAGAAAGUCAUCGUUCUAGAUACCGACAUCACCUUUGCCACAGACAUCGCUGAGCUGUGGGCUGUCUUUCACAAAUUCAAAGGUCAGCAGGUGCUUGGGCUGGUGGAGAAUCAGAGUGACUGGUAUUUGGGGAACCUGUGGAAGAACCAUCGACCGUGGCCUGCUCUAGGUCGAGGCUUCAACACUGGUGUGAUUCUCCUGCUGUUAGAUCGUUUGAGGAAGCUCAGAUGGGAGCAGAUGUGGAGACUGACAGCAGAGAGAGAGCUGAUGAGCAUGCUGUCUACAUCGCUAGCAGAUCAGGACAUCUUUAACGCUGUGAUCAAACAGAACCCCUUCCUGGUGCACCAGCUGCCCUGCUUCUGGAAUGUCCAGCUGUCUGAUCACACACGCUCGGAGAAGUGCUAUAGAGAUGUGUCCGACCUCAAGGUGAUCCACUGGAACUCGCCUAAAAAGCUGCGGGUGAAGAACAAGCAUGUGGAGUUUUUUAGGAACCUCUAUCUGACCUUCCUGGAGUAUGAUGGCAAUCUGCUGAGGAGGGAGCUCUUCGGCUGUCCAAGUGAAACUGACCACAAUAGUGAGAACCUCCAGAAGACUCUACUGGAGCUUGAUGAGGACGAUCCGUGUUAUGAGUUCAGACGAGAGCGUUUCACUGUGCAUCGCACACACCUCUACUUCCUGCACUAUGAGUAUGAGCCCAGCGCAGACCAGACUGAUGUUACGCUCGUGGCCCAGCUCUCCAUGGACAGGCUGCAGAUGCUAGAGGCCAUCUGUAAACACUGGGAAGGACCCAUCAGUCUGGCUCUCUACCUGUCUGACGCUGAGGCACAGCAAUUCCUGCGCUAUGCCCAGGGCUCUGAGGUGCUCAUGAGCAGAAGCAACGUGGGAUACCAUAUUGUCUACAAAGAGGGCCAGUUCUACCCCGUCAACCUGCUGCGCAACGUUGCCAUGAAACAAGUCAACACACCCUACAUGUUCCUGUCUGACAUUGACUUCCUGCCCAUGUACGGACUCUACGAAUACCUCAGGAAGUCUGUAGUACAGCUGGACAUGGCGCACACUAAAAAGGCUCUGGUGGUGCCUGCAUUUGAGACGCUGCGUUACCGGCUGUCCUUUCCCAAAUCCAAGGCUGAGCUUCUGUCCCAGCUGGACAUGGGCACUCUCUUCACCUUCAGGUAUCAUGUGUGGACAAAAGGUCACGCUCCAACUAACUUUGCAAAAUGGCGGACAGCCACAACGCCAUACAGAGUGCAGUGGGAGGCCGACUUUGAACCUUAUGUGAUGGUGAGGAGGGACAGUCCAGAAUAUGACCGCAGGUUUGUGGGAUUCGGUUGGAACAAAGUGGCCCACAUUAUGGAGCUGGAUGCACAGGAAUAUGAGUUUGUGGUUCUGCCCAAUGCCUAUAUGAUCCACAUGCCUCAUGCGCCCAGCUUCGACAUCACCAAGUUCCGCUCCAAUAAACAAUACCGCGCUUGCCUCAAGACUCUCAAAGAAGAGUUUCAGCAGAACAUGUCACGCCGCUAUGGAUUUGCUGCCCUCAAAUACAUGACGGCAGACAACAACAGCUAGCAAAGUCACCUUUAUGUUUUUCACUUUCAGGUGGUUCAAUUAGAUAUCACAUAGGAAAGCAGUGCAAUGGGUCUGUAAUGGACCCAACAACGUGAUAAUGGACCCUCAGUGUAAGUCAGAGGAGUGUGUUCUUCCAUUCUAUCAUUCAGGAAGAUGCCAUGGUGACCAUUUUUUCACUGCUUUGGAAACAGCAAUAGUGCAGUGUGUCAGCUAUUGGAUGUCACGGCAUUCUUCUGGACGAAUUCAGUCCACCCAGCUUCCCAGAUUGACCUGCUCUAUGAACAGGAAUUGAGACGUUAUUAACCAUUGGGAAAGCAGAAAAUUUUAAUUGAACAUGACUGAAUAUGACCAGAGGAAAUGCCACUGCAGAGACUGAGCUGUGGUUUGUUGGACUAUAAUCUACUGAUGCCUAGAAGCUGAAUUUAGCAUUUUUGUGUGUGCUUUCAGUCAUAGGGUGAUGUUUAGCUGUACUGGAUCUCAGACUAAUGACACAUUAGCUCUUAGACUAAGCAACAUAGAGACACAGAAAGGGAUCCCCAGUCAUUUUUGAAAGGAAAGUGAUCACUGUAGAGAUAAGGUUGGUCAAGAAUUAAUAAUAUGAUGUUUACAUCUUUUACAGAAUAAACAGUGUUGUUUAAAAAAAAAAAAAAAAGAAAAAAAGCUAAAUGUCUUAGAUUUUAUAGCACCUUUGUGGAAUCACUUUUCCUAUUAGAGCUCAGUAAGGACCCAGGUGGGCUAAAGGUUGCACCCAAUACGUAGUAACUGUUCUGUUUAUGGACAACGUCAGGCUAUCAGCAUUGACAAUCCAGACACAGACAAAAGCCCCAAAUCAUGUAUAUGUAAAUCUGAGUCACUUUUUUCAGCAUUUUACUGUAUGUUUUCAUAUUUCUGUGCUCACUAUGAUAUCAAUGUUUUGGUGUCAUUGUUCUAUGUAAGUAUUACAUUUACAUUUCUUGCAGCUAACAGAAAUGCACUAACUCCAAGGUUAAAAGCUGACGGUUUGUGUGUGUGUGUGUGUGUGUGUGUGUGUGUGUUUGGGGGGGAUGUACAAAUAAUUGUGCACCAUUUGCCAGGGUUAGUUUGCACUUUUUUUCCUCUAACCCUAAGAUGAAGGUCUGGGUAUCUCAUAAUGUGAUGUGGAAAUUCCUUCAUUUAUGUUGUGUUUGAAUGAAAGAAAACUUAAUUCACACAACCACAAAUCUGAUAAAUCAAGAAUAAUAAUGGGAUUGACCAUGAAAAUGGACAUUUGUAUUGAUGGACAAAUCCUAGUCCCAUGUAUAUGGGCAUGGAAUUUUGCUGACAUCUUCAGCAGCUGUUGAAUCCUCUUACUGGUUUACAGAUCACUUGUAUAUAUGUACCUUGUAGAAACAGUGAAAUGGUUCCACACGGCUGACUUUUUCACUGUUGAUCUGCUGCUCAAAGUUUUUGAACGCAACUGUGCUAACGGCAGCAGGAAAGGAAAACAAAAAAAGGAAACAAAUUGCAUUUUUAAUUUCUAAUUUCAAAAUUACCAUUAACAUUAUUUGUACAGUGUUCGAUUUGAUACUUCAUCGUAGAUCUGUUUAAUCUCUUUUGUUUUAGGUCAAGAUUUCCAGGCUUUUUUGUCUUUUGGUGAAAGCGAAAGCACGUUUUGUUUGUUUGUUUGUUUGUUUGUUUUGACUGUAUUCGGCCAGAAUUUUUGGUGGCCAAAAUGUUGGUGCAUCCCUAAUAAAUAUAGUUAACUUCAGUUAACUAUAUACUUGUUUAAUAUACUUGCUAAGUCAAAUUGCUCUUUGUGUACCUUGACACAGAGAAAGCAAGGAUGCCAUGUCAAUCGAGUUGAGACGACAGCGGCACCCGUCUCUGGGCGGAGACGAAUUCUCUUUGGCAUAUUUUUGAGUGCUACGUAGUACUAGUAUACUCUGAUGUUAAAAUGCAGAGCUCCUACACAAAAUGUGUGAAAGUUGGCAGGUCUGAACUACUAGCAUGGCUGCUGAAAAGGUAAUCAAACAUACUGUAUGUUUACUUCAGUUUUUAAUGCGUGCAGACAGGGUUUGAGUGUGUGUGUGUGUGUGUGUGUGUGUGUGUAUGUGUGUGUGUGUGUGUGUGUGUGAGAAUGUGUAAGCGUGGCUAAACUGAUGUGUCCAAGACUGACAGAUUUUCUGCUACCUGAAUAAAAAAAAAUUGUGGAAAAGAA